CUGAAAGCUGACGUGGUUCCCAAGACAGCAGAAAACUUUAGAGCUCUUUGUACUGGUGAAAAAGGUUUCGGGUACAAAGGAUCCACGUUUCACAGGGUGAUUCCUUCAUUUAUGUGCCAGGGUGGUGACUUUACAAAUCAUAAUGGAACUGGCGGAAAAUCCAUUUAUGGCAGUAGAUUUCCAGAUGAAAAUUUCAUACUUAAGCACAUAGGACCUGGUGUUCUUUCAAUGGCCAAUGCAGGACCCAAUACAAAUGGAUCUCAGUUCUUCAUCUGCACUGCAAAAACUGACUGGCUAGAUGGAAAGCAUGUUGUUUUUGGGUAUGUAAAGGAAGGAAUGGAUGUCGUGAAAAAAAUUGAGAGCUUUGGUUCCAAGAGUGGUAAAACCUCCAAAAAGAUUGUCAUUACUGACUGUGGCCAGCUGUCCUAGCCUUUUGCCUCUCCAUUCAUGACAACUUCGAUGCUGUGAAAAAUCAAUCAUAAAAACAUUUCCGAUCCCAUGAAUAGCACCUGUGGAACCACAUUUUCCAUGUAACUUGGUCCAACUUUUAUAUUUAUAUUGAGUAAUACUGAUUAAAAGUAAAA